UCACCCACGCACUGUACCCUCUUGUACCUUGGUGGCACUGCCGUCAGACUGGUACGAGUAUGCAUAAUAGACAAGCUGUUUAUGUUUCCCACAGUGUGCAUCCGUCCCAGGAAUCCUGACACCGAGGAUUCUGAUUAUGGAGCUGUUCCUCUUCUUCACUUUCAUUCUACAUCGCUCCUGCAGAGACAUCGAAACGGAGUAAUCAAUUCAUCGCCGCUACUCAUCGUUCGCUUACCUUAUUGUCUAAAAGUGCCUUGGAUUCACACCUCCCGUUCUUUGAAUUCAAUUCAAGAUCCACAUUUGCCCAAGGAAGACCCCUCUCCGCACGCCGAUCAAACCUGGAUGAAGGGACACAUAUCGGCACACAACUAUACGGUUCAGGUGCACUUUUCAUUCCACCAGAAAAGGACUGCCGAGAGCGAGAAGGCCCCUGAAUUGUCCUCUUCCACCUCAAUGUCUACUUCAUCGCCCUCACCGAUGCAGACCGUCCCAAAUGCAGCUCCUCCAGGAUAAGCAACGUGUUCAUCAUCGAACCGUUGGGCCUUCAAGACACCUCCCCCCCACAACCUGAGGUCCAAACAGAGAGCCCUGGUUUGGACCGAAACUUGUGUGUACCUGUCGAAGCCGUGCGUAAUUCUCCCCUGUUCUGACAUAAAAUCAGUUUGCAAAAGCGUGGCUACCAUCAGGAUACCGGGAUCAUUUACGUCGGUCCCGAUCCCGGAUCCCAAGUACCUUACCCACCCAUGGGAAACAUCAGGAAUCACAAUUCAGGCCGGACAUGCUAGAGCGAAUUUACCAAUGAGAAAAAACUCCGAGAAAGCCUGUGACAACUGGUGCAGCAAAGGACGUUCCCACCCCUUUGGCGGUGAAUGUUCCCUCGGCAUCAAGCAUGCUGGUGUAAACACCCUGCAACAAGAUAAAUGUCCCCCCGCCUUGUAGAGAAGCCGUGAGUAUCGAAGCAAAGAAGCCAUUACGGUAUUCACCUGUGCCACCACAUCAACAAUCGUGCGAUCCGUCUCAAAGUCACCCUGGGAUGAGAAAUGCCUGAACUCAUAAAUGCCGUAUCCUCAGCGGAUGCCCUUCUUGUCCCUUUCUGCUUACGCGACUUCCGCUCCCUGGCACGGCCCAUCCUCUCCAAUCUCACCGGUUUCUCCGAGGCUGCCCACUGUGAGAACCGCAUGAGCGCUGGCAGGCGACACGGCACUGCACUUGUCAACAGGCACCUGGUGCCUCGAGUUCCCGCUCGCGGUGACAAGCAGCUUGCCCGCGGUAAAGAAGGAAUUGCCAAUGCGACUACCGAGGCCGGUGCCUUCACAGCCGUCUUCCAGGGCGCCCGCCGAGAAAUUGAUGAUGUUGGGACAGUGUCCUGAUAAGAGCAAAAACAGUCCUUGGUAUGUGUGAAAGUACUCGCAUCGACUGGUCAUUGACCAUGCUUCUCAUCACAAGCAAGCGUGGCGUCGAGAACCGAAGCGAGCGACGAGUCGAGUCCAUCCGUUCGGUAGUGCGUGAUACGGCAUUUGGGACACACACCAGUAUGAGCCUUCUUCCAAUCGGGAGUGUCCACUGAAUCAUCCCUGUUGUACUCAUCAAGGGCUUGGUCGUCCAUCGUAUCGCCGGCGAUGAUUCCUGUGACGCUCGUUGCAUGCUCCGACUCAUCAGCCUCUUCGAAGUCAUCGACCUCCUUGCAAUCGGCGUCGAUGCAAUUAUAAAGACGCCCCAGAGGGGGGGCUAAGCGGAAAGGACCAUUGGCCUUGGAGCGGAAGCCGACAUGCUCGUUGUCCACAGCACUAUCUCUGUGACUUGAGGGAGCCUGCGUACACCGCGUAUUCACCAGUCAUCCAGCACAUACGUCUGUUUCCUUGCUUAUUUUGUUGCUCUCCUACCUCCGCCACGCCGAGGGGGACGCCUUCGACCUUGCCAUAAAAUGUGCUAGCCCCAUUGAAAUCCGGAUAGAACUUGUCGAAGUGGUGAAUAUGAUUCCGGUCCAGUCCAUCACAUUUAAGACGACGACGACGAUGGUCUGCCGCUUGGUCGUCUCCUAGCUCGCCUCCCGUCCUCCCGAUUCGCGGUGCCAUCUGGCGUGUCGGAAAAGAUAUGCGCUCCCUGCGGACAUCCUCGGCAACGUACCCAAUUUCGGGAUGGCCUUUCAAUAACUGCUCGAUUCUCUCUUGGGAAGAACAAGCAAAGAGAGAGGGAAUCGAGGAGAAAAGAAGUCAAUCUGUCUAUACCGAUGGGCAGGUUCGCAACAACCACAGGGGAGUGGUUCAAUGUGUGGAGAAUCUGGCCCUCGACAUUCUCGAUUCCCUUCUGAAUCGACUGCAUUGCAGCAACAAUACGAAGACUUUGGCUUGAUUUUUGGAGCCAAUGAUUUAGUUUGCAAUUCCAAGUAUCCUCACCUCCACCCGCACAGCCGUUUCAUUUGACAUUUCCUCCAGAAUCCGAGCAUGUAUUGCCUGUAACUCUGCUUGCGUCCUGAUGAGCCCCCUACCCAUCGCCACCUUGACCUUGUGCUGUAAAAACAUGCUAUUGUCCGUCUCCCCAAAGACAAUUAGUCUCAAUCUUGGGUUGUCAUCGUUGGCAUUAGCGACACCGUCUUUCUCCAUUUUGAACGCAUCGAGCUUCCUCCUCAGAGAUGGAGCUAUGCGUAUCGGUCCUGUUGAUGGUUCGAGCGGAACAGGGGAAUUUCGAAACCGACGGUGCAU